CGCCGCUUGCUGAAGAAUGAGCCUCAAGGCUUUGUUGCUUCUGCUGGGUGUGUCGUUGCCUGUCCGUCGCUCCCAAUACUCUCACUAAUAACAUCAAAUAAUUUGUUUUCCAAGCAUCAAUCUUCGGAGGUAACCCACGUUGUCCCCGUACGAUAAGUUUUGGUCUUCGUCACAAUCAUCAAUUUUGGUCGUGUUGUUUGUUGUCAUGGUUGUAAAUGGCGUUAGUGCUGCUGCUUUUGCUGUUGCUGCUCUUGUUGCUGCCAUGACUGCUGGUACUAUUGUUGCUCCGGGUGCUCAUCAUCAUGCUCGCUUGUAGACCCUGGCGCUUACCUUCUUCGCUGCUGCCCCACGCAUUGGCGACCCACGAGAGCGGCCCGGUAGAGUCGUCGUUUUGCAUGGACUGGAACAUAUGGGUGCUGCUACUCUGGAAUUUGUCCUGCCGCUGACGGCUGGUCGCCAUUUUAAGGGCCUUCCUGAACUUGCGGUACUCACCCACCUUGUAUUCAAUCUUGCAGAAAAUUUGCUUCUGAUCCUUCAUCUCGGACCACCAGCCUUGCUCGUUCCAUAUUAAGAACCGACCACCAGAUUCUCUGAUCUCAGACACCAGUUCCUCUACCGUAUUACGUCGAUUCAUCCGAUGAUUGGAAUGGGUGGUCAGCUCAGCCUCCUGCUCAGCGUUUUUAAGCUCAAUCAGACCCCGGAGGAUGUUAUUUCCAGCGUGCCCCAUGAGGCUCUUCCCCUGACGAAAUAUCACGUCGUUGACCAGCGGGCACUCCAUGAUGUCAGUCUGGCCAUCCUCGAUGGCUUCACGAACGUGCAGCCACUGCUUGUGGUAUGAUGUUCGUAUUUUGCCCUCUGAGAUGGGAAUGUCGGUUGAGGGGAUACCAAAAGUCUGUAGUGCGUACCUCAGUUCCAUCGACGACCCUUUUGGUUAGUUGGUAUGCAAAGCAAAACGAAAAAAAGCAAAAUGCAAAUGAUGUUCUAUUCAUUUGAGACUCUGAUGAAAAUCAGAACACUCAAUACGCAUACGAAAGAACCUACCGAGGUGGACGAUCAUUUUCGAUCGCUCCUUUUUCUUGAACCUUAUGGCUACGAUGUUCCGACCCCACCGAAACAUCGGCGUGUCUGGGGAACAAAUGUGAAUGGCGCUCGUUCGCACCGUGGUCAGAUCAGCAAGUUUCACGGGAAGGAUGUAGUGCUCCUUCCUCAUGGACAGCUUGAAAUUGGCGUCGAACCACACUGCAUACACCAGCCCCGACCGCUGUGUCUCUUCGUCGUCUCCAGCCGUCCAACUCAAGUACAAAUAUAUUUUUGCCUGUGUGCGCAUGGACAGUGUAAAUACACAGAAAAAGAAUAUUUGAGAGAGGCCGAACACGAGUGAGGGCAGGGUGCCUCGAUUUCAUGCAACGAUACAUAACAUAUUGGGUAUUGCAUCAAAUAAUUCAGCAAUGGUUAGCUCGAUUCAGAUUCGCUCAAGGCCAUUCGAUGCGAUGCGAUUCAAUUCGAUUCAUUUACCUUUAAUACAGGUGGAAACGUCUCGUAGACAUUGUUCAGAAAGUUCACAAGGAUCCUCCGUCCGCUCCGAUCCCGAAAGGGUAGGUACUGUAGGUGUCCCUUGCGGAUGUACUGCUGCUCACGCUUCGGAAAAUCGCUCAAUCGGAUCGGUCGCUGCAGGGCGAACUCGCCAAACAUUUCCAGGAGGACCUCCACGAAUUUCACUAUCUGCCUUGCAGCUCUUGAAAUGUCAAAGAACUCGAGCCGUAGAAACCUGAGUUUAAAGGCAUCGCUGGAGAUAUACGAAGGAGGGUUUGUGAAGCUCCGGCUCCUCAGGUAGGCUCUUUUUUGUUCCGGGGGUAUGAUUGCGUCAUUGUUCAGUUCUUCUGCGAGUUUGACGAGAGAGUUGCGGACAAGUUCUGGCGUUUCGCUCCGCGCAAGGUUUCGGACACCAUGGAUUUCUUCGCGGACCUUAUUUCGCUCCUCUACCGACAUAGAGAGGAGCGCUUUGGAUACGAGCUUGUCGCAGGCUCGGGGACUGCCAUUAUUAUCCUCUGAGCUUUCAUCGCUUAACAUACUAACACUACUGCAGUCAAGUGAUUAACUUGCGUUGGAUUGGUUUGGUUUGAAUUUUUUGUGGCUUCUCAGUGAUUUCUAUCAAUAAUGCACUUCAUGGAGAUUUCGAAGGAUUAUGCAGGGCACUCUGGAAUGACGUCAAUAGCGAUGGCAUAAGAUAGGGAAUUAUGUUGCCCGUGUCAUCCUCCGACACUUUCCUCGAUUCACGUUCAAAUAUCUUUGUUCAUUUACUUCUAGUCUAUUCCAUUCUGUUCCGAUUCACUAAUUUUCGGCUGGCACAUAAGGGACUCGGAUUUAAUCUCUGCCAGCUAAGAAUCAUAGAUCGUACCGUUUUAAUCGUACCGUUUUGAUCGUACGGAUUUAUUGUUUGGCCCGGGUAUAAAUUUUGUUGAAAGAU